UUUCUGACUUCAAGCAUCACAAGCUUUCAAAAUGCUGCUAUGGAGAGGGAGAGAGAGCUUUCAAAACAGCGCUGCUUCUCAGCUUACUGCCUGAUACCAGGAAGGAUCAUCCUUCAUACAGAAGUGAUCAGAUACAUUUAUCCUCUGGCUCAACCCCCCUCUCUGUGCACUUGGAUAAGCUUUUCCCCUUGGGUUUUGGAAUCCUACAUGGCUGCUGAUGGGAAUGCUCCUGUUCCCUUGCGUCAGAAGACCAAACAGAAAAGUCAAGGGAUUUUUAUUAUGAGUCGACGGAGGAUAUCGUGCAAGGAUCUGGGACUAGUUGAUUACCAGGCAUGGCUCUACAAGAAAAAGGAAAAAGGACCUUUCAUUGGCAACAAAUGGAAAAAGUUCUGGUUCGUGCUGAAGGGGUCAUCAUUAUACUGGUACAGCAGCCAAUUGGCUGAGAAAGCUGAAGGAUUCAUCAACCUGCCAGACUUCACUGUGGACCGAGCGAGUGAAUGCAAGAAAAAGUAUGCUAUUAAGGUCAGCCACCCACAGAUCAAGACAUUUUAUUUUGCAGCAGAGAAUGUGGAGGAAAUGAAUAGGUGGCUAAAUAAACUGGGGCUAGCUGUAAUUCCUCAGGCAUCCAAUGGAAAGAAUGAAGAAGAAUGCUAUAGUGAGAGUGAACAUGAAGAUCCAGAAAUAGCAGGAGAGACUCCACCCCCUCCGUACACAGAACAGCCACCUCCUCCUCAUUUGGCUCAGCAGCAGUCCUUAUUGAUCUCGCCGCUAUCAAGUGAAGCAUCCUGUUCUCUCUCCUCCCUGGAAAGCACCAUGAAGUCACAAGAUUCCUCAUCUUCCUUGCUAGCCAAAAUGGCUCAUUCGGAGAGACAGUCUUGGCUUCACAUAGUUAACACGGAAGAGGUUGAUCAGAAUUUAUCCUUCUGUGUCCAGAUUCAUGCUGAUGAUCAUCCAAUGGCGGACAGUAGUGAAAUGGCAGAAAGCCGGCUUCUUAAAUCUAAUAAUGGAUCUCAGAACUCUUUAUUAAGUGAAGACACAACUUCAUCAGACAGCAGCAGGGAUCGCCUGACUGUGCCAGAAGAUUUGAUAGGAACGAAGACACUAUCCAAAGAACAGGCAAAAUGCUCCGAAGAUGAAAUGGAGCGACUUUACAAGUCAUUAGAACAAGCAAGUUUGUCUCCCAUCGGGGACCGUCGACCUUCAACCAAAAAAGAGCUCAGAAAGUCCUUCGCCAAACGGAGCAAAAACCCCUCCAUGAAUGAGAAACUCCACCAAAUCCGAAUGCUGAAUAGCACAUUAAAGUGUAAAGAGCAUGACCUGGCCAUGAUUAACCAAUUGCUGGAGGAUCCUGAGCUGACAGCAAGGAAGUAUAGAGAAUGGAAGAAUACAAACACAAUGUUGAUCCAAGAGAUCUAUCAGCAGCAGGAUGCCCUGGCUGUGCCGGGAGGGAAUAGCAAGGAGCCAUAGAUGAAAACGCUUUCUUUAAUUGAAAACGCUAUCUGAGGACAGUGGAACCUGCAGUACAUGACAGGAUUCCUCCCUGUCCCUCUUUACCUACGGAUGCUUUAAGCUACUACAGUUUCAGGUUUUGUUUUUUCCAAGGGCUUAUCUCUUCCCUUUUAAAAGGAAAACAACCCAUUCGCCAAAGCAUUAUUUCCUCUCUCCAAACUCAUUUCAUGCCAAUAAAAUGGAACCCCAAAAUUAAAAAAAUAUGCCCUCUUUGGGCACAUGUCUGAGGCAAACAUUAUCUGAAGCAGAGAGGAAAUGGAUUGACAUUCAAGAAUGGCUGAUCUUUCGUCAGAGGUAAACCAAGCACACAAAGACCUGAAAGUCACAGAGGAAUGUACAUAUUGUAGAUACUAGACCUUCGGGGUCAUUUUAUUCAUGUAACCUAUUGAUGGAAGGAACUUUUUUAAAACUAUGAUAAUGCUAACAGGAUACAAUCCUCUCUCCUACCACUUGUCUCUUCAAGAUAACUACAAAUAAGAACUUCUAUCUCUACUUACACUUGUUUUGACUGCAUUAACAUUUAAACAGUGACAACUAGGAUAAUUAUUAUGCAUACAUCUGAAUUUUAAAUAAUUUUCAAGGCACCCAGUCAGUGGAUACCAUAAACAUUUCCUAAUUGUGUACGGACAAGAUCAAGAUGCUGUUUUCCUACAUCAUCUGGAGAGGGUCCCUUAAUGUGUGUGGGUGACAAAUAAAUUUGUUCUGCAAUGCGGAAACUCUGUCUCAUCAAGUUUCAACUUUUCUUAUGGAAUAUAGGACUCAGUAAAGGACAAUUUUCUGCUUACAUAUUUUUGACAGUAGUGAAUACGUAAAGUACAAGUUUAUCUUGAAUUCAUAUUCAUAAUAAUAACCUUAUAUAGCGCUUUUAAUCAGUAGAACACAAAAUGCUUUACAAAGGAGGUCAGUAUAUUAUCCCCAUUUUACAGAUGGGGAAACUGAGGCACAGGACAGCAGUGAUUUGCCCGUUGACACUCAGCAGGCAGUGGUGGAGAUCAGAGGCAGAGGCAGAUCCAAACAUAUAAAACAUAGUUGCUUAUAUAUUUUUUUAAUAUGUGUCACUUUAUGGCUUACGUGAAUGUGUGACCAUGUACUGUAUAUAUUUUUAUUUAUAUAUUUAUGUACUGUACAUUUCCUACUGUAAAAAAGACCAAAUGUUAUAGAUGCGAUUGUUUAUCUGUUGAUUUCAAGAGAAAUGCCUGCUCAGUCUUCAUACCCAAAUAUAAUUAAUAUAAAUUUAUAUAUUCAUAUCAUUCCAAAGUUACGGACGCAUUGGGAGUUGCAUUUGUAAGCUUUAUUUUAACUACCUUGCUCCUACUUUUUGAUCUCGGGGUGAGAUUUGUUUAAAAAUUUCACUGUAUAGUCUAGGGUAGGAAAAUAUUUUACUAUAAAAUUUCAUAACCACAGGUGGCAUAGUUUUGAUUAACAUACUAGUUAAUCAAAAAUUAACACUUACAUUGUUUUGCUGCAAAGUGGCAUAAUUUUCAGCCUUAGGUUUCUCAGCACAGGAUGUGUGUUUGAACUCCCAAUUGGGACAUGUGCAGUAUAGUUUGAUUUGCACAUUUCAGCAUAUAUGACUUUGUAAAGUCACUGAGUUUUAAGAAAUAAUCCUCCUUAUUAAAUGGAUCCCCAUCACAGGAACUAGCAUUUAAAGAUAUACACCCAAAUACUCUGGUGUGAAGGAGAUGCAAUCCAGUUAGCCAGUGUGUAAAAAUGUUCUUAAGAGUUUUUGGACUCAUCUAGCUUUAAACAGAAUACACUAUAAAUACCAAAAAUCAGAGAUAUGCAGAUAUUGACCUACCUGUAUGCAUAGUGUGGGUUACUAGAAUGUUGAUUAUGAAAACGAAUAUUAACCAUCUUCACUGGAACAGAUUGGCUCUCCUCCACUUGCUUAGCAAUUAGUUUUAAUUGCUUGGAAUUAUUUCAUUACUAAGCAAUUAAUGUUUUAAGAUCUAAACACUUAGCUAUAUCCCAGAACAUCCUGGAGAUGUUGGAUCAUUAGAGAUGGGUUGGAUGUGGGAAUUGAAUGCAGGAAGAAGUGAGGCUCUGAGCUUUGAUGUACGGGCACUUUUGGCAGCUGGUAAGUCUACUAAAGUUUGAUUGAAUGGAGCCCUGCCUAGGUGGACUGUAUAGGUUUCCGUGAAGCAGGUUUUCCCUUUUGCAGAUAUUAGCGGGAGGAGAAGAGUGGCCUGAGGGAUGGGGAGACACAGGAGGCAAAAGCAGGAGGUGCUUGGGUGCUGUGGCUCAGAUGCAGGGUUGGAUUUGGGAUACCAGCACUGCCUCUGGACUGGAACUAGGGAGUGGGACUGGUUGUUGAAUCAGUGUUAGUAUUGGACUAUGGAGAGCUGUAGCUAGAGAACAAGGACUGGCUGGGGACUGGAACUGGGUGGUAAGAAUUAGUAUAGGAAUCAGAGAAAGAAACUGAAACAAUCACUGGGCACAUCUGUUAAAAACAAAACCACAAAAUCUUUUGACUAAACCUCCUAAACUAUGGAAACCACAGGCUAAGUGACAUAAAUAGAUCUGACACCAGCCUUUCCCAUUCAGACCAUUCUCUUGAAUUGCAUUAGCAACCUUAACUGUAACAUGAUGAAGGUUUGUUUUAUGUCUGAGUGUGUGUGUAUAGAUUCUCUUGUUUUGAGCAACAAUACUGAAGGUUUAUUUUAUUUUAUUUUUAUUUUUUUUGCCAGUUGCACACUGACAUUAUGCAGCCAAAGCUGUAAAAUACUUCAGGAACUUAAAGAAAAUUCUGUUUAGGAUAAAUCAAUAAAAUAUUGAUUUAUGAAAUGAAGGAAUUCCUCAUUAUGUUUUUUUUUUCAGCAUAUUUUUUUCAGUUGUUCCUAGUGAACAACAAAAUUCAGAUUUUUUUAGUGAUAUUUAUUAUCCUGGUAAGACUUCUUUCCUUAAAGCUAAUCGUAUGUUAUUUUGUAAACAAAAAAUUAGGCUAAACCAAUAUUUUCACUCACACUUGGAAUAUCUCCUCUUGUUUCUUAAAAAAAAUCAGUUGUCAAGAUUUUAGACACUAAGUACAUUUUUUUAA